AUGUCUUGUGUAUCAUCACAAUGCUUAAUCACAAUCAAAAGCAUUUGCAUUGUGUUACUAUUAUUAUUAUCGAUUACUCGUGGAGCAAUUUCUGCAAAUUCAAAUUAUGGAGAAGCUCUCACGAAAAGUCUUUUGUAUUUUGAAGCUCAACGCUCUGGAAAAUUGCCAUCGAACCAAAGAGUUACUUGGAGAGGAGAUUCUGCACUCAGAGAUGGUUCUGAUGCUCAUAUUGAUCUCACUGGAGGGUAUUACGAUGCCGGAGAUAAUAUGAAGUUUGGAUUUCCUUUGGCGUUCACGACAACAAUGCUAGCUUGGAGUAGUGUAGAGAUGGAAUCACAGCUUAAGGCCCACCAUGAGCACGAAAACACCCUCGCGGCUCUCAGGUGGGCCACUGAUUAUCUCAUUAAAGCCCAUCCUGAGCCCAAUGUCCUGUACGGACAAGUGGGUGAUGGCAACUUGGAUCAUGCCUGCUGGAUGAGACCCGAGGAUAUGACUACUCCGCGCCCUUCAUACCGCAUUGAUGCUCAGCAUCCUGGUGCUGAUCUCGCGGGUGAGACAGCAGCAGCGAUGGCUGCAGCUUCUUUGGCCUUUGCGCCAUCUGAUGCAGCCUACGCCAAAACACUUAUUGGUCAUGCAAAAGAUCUAUUUGAAUUCGCUAAGGAAUACCCUGGGGUCUAUCAUUACUCCAUUCCUAACGCGGGUGGCUUUUACCCUAGUAGUGGUUACGAAGAUGAGUUAUUGUGGGCCGCUGCUUGGCUUCACCGUGCCACUGGAGACCAGACAUAUCUUGAUUAUCUAACAGAAGCUUCUAAUAAGGGAGGUGCGAGGUUCGUUUUCGCGUGGGACGAUAAGUUCUUGGGAGCACAAGUCUUGGUAGCUAAGCUUGUUUUUGAAGGAAAAGUGAAGAACGAAGGGAAGAUGAUAGAGUACAAGAGUAUGGCAGAGCAAUUCAUCUGCAACUGUGCUCAAAAGGGUUUCAACAACGUUAAAAAGACUCCAGGAGGUUUGCUCUGGUUUUUGUCCUGGGACAACCUCCAAUACACAGCCACCGCUUCUUUCGCCUUAGCCACUUAUGCGAAAUACCUCGAAGCUGCACAAACAUCGAUUCAAUGCCCCAAUGGUGGUGUCCUUCAAGCUUAUGAUCUUCUUAAACUAGCUCGGGCCCAGGUAGACUACAUACUUGGGUCAAACCCCAAGAACAUGAGCUACAUGGUUGGAUACGGGACCAAUUAUCCUAAAAGACCACACCAUAGAGGAGCCUCUAUAGUGUCAAUCAAGAAUGAUCCUAAACCGGUGACAUGCAAUGGAGGGUUUGAAGCUUGGUACAACAACCCUAAACCGAAUCCUAAUGUUUUGGUUGGAGCAAUUGUAGGUGGACCGGACGAGUACGAUGCUUACGGAGAUGAACGGUCUGAUUUUCAGCACGACGAGCCCGAUACCGUCACGGUUGCUCCUUUGGUUGGUGUUCUGGCUGCCAUUGCAUGACCUUAAUUAUUAUCUCUCUUUGUUUCUAGCUAAUGUUAUUUUCUUUGGACUACAUUUCCCUAAGACGCUCUAGCGACUAACGUUUUAGGUCUAAGGGUAGAGAAACAAAAAUUUGAUUGUUAAAAUAACUUGAUUUAGUGAGACAUUUUGAAGACUUAGGUUUUUACU